CUUCAGAAUGGGCAGUGCUCUACCUAAUGAGGGAAGGAUGCUAUAUAAAAAGCACAUUCUGCCCCGCUUGCAGUGUGACCGGAGUUUAAUGCGUCGUCUGUUCAGAGAGUGAAACUGAACCCUCUUGGCUCAGCGGGUCACAGAGCAGGAGAGAUGGAGUGCAAGUAUUAUAUAUGCUGAUUCGGAUCAUCAUAUUCAUUCAGGUUGAAGUUAUAUUCAGUUGUUCUGGACAGAAUUUCAGAGUAUGUCCCAACGGAAAUGAAACUUUUAACAUUCUCAGCUUCUUCUUAAAUGCUUUUUCAAGAGAGUCUCUGCCAUUCAGGAAUAAUGCUUCUUGUGGCUUCUGUUAGGUGAGACUUGUGAAUAUUUAACAAUGGUUGAAUUUUCUUCAAACUCAACAGACAUUCUGACCCUGCAAGGCUUUGGCCUACCUCCUCAAGGGGUGUACGCUGCAUUUCUUUUUGCCACACUGAGUUACCUUGUAAUUCUCUUCUGUAACCUUUUAAUGAUGGCCACCAUUAUCAUGAAUAAGAGCCUCCACCAGCCCAUGUACAUCCUGCUCUUUAACCUGCCCAUCAAUGACCUCAUCGGCUCCUCAGCCCUCUUCCUGCGGCUCAUCAAAGAGAUCCUGCUGGACUCCAGGUACAUCGAGGCCUCCAACUGCAUUGCUCAGGCGUUCUUCGUCCACAUGUACGCGGUGGGCUCAGUUUUGAUCCUCACCAUCAUGUCGUACGACAGGUACAUCGCCAUAUGCAACCCGCUGCGCUACAGCGCCGUCAUGACAAACUCGCACGUCCUGAAAAUAAUCGUGAUAGUGUGGCUGGUGGACCUCUUUUUGGUAGGCGUGCUCAUCUCCCUCCUGCUCAGGUUGCCUCGAUGCAGGUCUCUCCUGACGAACCCUUACUGCGACAACCCGUCUCUGCUCACGCUGGUCUGCGCAGACGCCACCAUCAACAACAUUUACGGACUGUUCAUCACCGCCAGCAUGCAAGUGUUCGCCGUGGGUAUGAUUCUCUACACCUACCUGCAGAUUUUGCUUGCGUGCUUUAAAAGCAAACGCUCUGACACAAAGAGCAAAGCUCUGCAGACCUGUGCAACUCAUUUAACCGUCUUUCUGAUUUUGGAGUGUUUAGGACUUUUCACAAUUAUCUCAUAUCGCAUAAAGCAGCUCUCUCCUCAUUUAAGGAGGAUGAUCGGAGUUUCCACCUUGAUAUUUCCCCCUACUCUCAACCCAAUAAUAUACGGCCUUAAAACCAAAGAAAUCCGACAGAGAAUGAUGUACUUAUUGUGCCGAAGGGUGUAUCCAUCUUAAUUAUUUAAUAUGAAAAACACAACUUUUACCUGUAGUGUGCUUGCAUGCUCAAGCAGAACAUGACUAGGACUGUAUUUUUUGUAAUUUUAAGCUAAAAUGAUAUUUCGUGCUCUGAAACCAUUCCUUCAUGCACAAGCUAUUGGGGUCAUGUGGUAGGUCCCUGUUACUCAAAUGACGGUUCUCAGGGGCCAAAAACUGCUGGUCCCCCCCUUUUUUUAUUUUUUACCUGGGAGUCAGGUGUGAAGACAGUCUGGCCAAUCAGUAGCACUAACAGUUCAGUUAAUUUCCUGGGAGGAAAGAAAACCAGGGCAGGUGGUAUCCAUGCAGUAGAGGGUGUUCCCCAUGCCAUCGCUCAAUAGCAGCUUCGCUGACCAAUCAGGAUAUGACCUGUGAUAGACUAGUAUGAGCUGUGUCAAUCAUUCAGUGCUCUGGCACGGAAGCUGCAGAAGCUCCGCUGGGGCUUUGCAGUCUGCGCAGGAGCUGCUGCAGCUCAGCUGAUGCUUUGCAGUCUGCGCAGAAGCUGCUAGUGCUUUUCAGAGGAUGCAUAUAUUCACGUGCACACGCUCCUGAUUUAAAACAGAGAACACUGGAGCGAUGCAAUGAACUGUAGUCUUGUGACGACAGUAGAGAUUACGCUGUUACAACUAGAGCAAGGAAACUUGUUGAUGUAAAUAUCAAGAAAGUUUUUGUUCAUUUUGUUUAAUUUUGAUUUAAAAACUGCAGUCCCUUUUUACUGAGGAGUGAAUUUUAUUGAAAGUAUGCUCGUGCACUUAAGUGAUUGUAGCUGUCACUUCAUAGUUCAGACUGAAAAUGAACUAUGAAUCACAUCACGCUAGGCGGUGCAGUGGUCCAAUCAGCAGAGACUUAGCCUAUGACAUCAGAGCAACAGUACAACCCAUUCAAGGUACCACAGGUGGUACCACAUAUUUGCAUUUGGGAAUCAUUUAAUUAGCAGUGCUUACACGUGAUAACUUGAGAUUAGCAUUUUUCCUUUUUGUCUCUCACUUUCCCUCAUUAAUGAUUCAUCACUCAUUCCUGACAUAUGGUGGCCCCUUCGUAAAUUGACAACCUAUUGGUGCAAUGCAAAUAUAAUACUUGUGUAAUCUGUUAACUAUUUUAUAUGAUAUUCUUUGAAAGGCGCCUGUAUUCGUACAUAAACAUGCAAUG